UGCCUGAAGGAUGCCAUGCCAUAAAUCCACUGUGGAUGCACCAAUCCUUCAAUUUACCAACUGCCGGAUUUUAAAGGAUCAUGUCCUGCAAAGAGAGGAUCUAUGGGUAAGAGCCGGGAAGAUCUUAAACCCAGAGAAGGUGUUCUUUGAUGAGAAAAAGUCUGCAGAUAUCCAACUGGACUGCAAAGGCAGCAUCCUGGCACCGGGCUUCAUUGAUGUACAAAUCAACGGAGGUUUCGGAGUAGAUUUUUCCCUGGCUACAGAUGAUGUGCAAGCAGGAAUUUCACUGGUUGCCCAGAAGAUACUGUCCAGCGGAGUGACUUCAUUUUGCCCAACCAUGGUCACCUCACCAUCCUCGGUUUAUCACAAGGUUCUGCCUCAGAUCCGUGUACAAAAUGGAGGACCUCAUGGAGCUGGUGUCCUAGGGAUUCAUCUGGAGGGUCCAUUCAUCAGCAAAGAGAAGAAGGGGGCUCACCCGGAAAAUUACCUCCGUACUUUUGAGUCGGGAGCCUUUCUGGAUUUGCUUGCCAUGUACGGGAGCCUGGACUGUGUCCGGAUUAUCACCUUAGCACCUGAGAUGAAACGUAGCAGUGAAGUGAUCCGGGAGCUGACCAAGAGAGGCAUCUGCGUAUCAUUGGGACACUCUGUGGCUAAUCUAUCUCAGGCUGAGGAGGCUGUUUGUCAGGGAGCUACCUUCAUUACUCACCUCUUCAAUGCCAUGUUACCUUUCCACCAUCGAGACCCCGGGAUCGUGGGGCUUCUCACAAGCGACAAGAUCCCUCCCAAUCAGCAAGUGUUUUACGGCAUGAUCUCAGAUGGGAUCCACACGAAUCCUGCCGCUCUGCGAAUCGCACACCGGGCUCACCCUCAAGGUUUGGUCCUGGUGACAGAUGCCAUCCCAGCAAUGGGACUUCCCCCUGGCAGACACACUCUGGGCCAGCUGGUGGUAGAGGUAGAAGGUGCAAAAUCCUACAUUGCAGGUACUAAAAUACUGAGUGGAAGCAUCUCCACGAUGGACACCUGUGUCCGACAUUUCAGGGAAGCCACUGCUUGUUCAUUAGAAACAGCCCUGGAGGCUGCCUCUCUCCACCCUGCUCAGCUCUUAAAAAUCGAGGACCAAAAGGGAACCUUGAAUUAUGACACCGACGCAGAUUUUGUGCUGCUGGAUGAGAGUCUUCAUGUACGGGCCACUUAUAUUGCCGGCGAAGAGGUCUGGAAACAAGGCAACUUCACCCUCUGAAACUGCAUUGCUGGACGGGCAAUGCUUCAGACUGAAGGCAGAGGAGGGCCUGGAGUGACCCAUAGCUCCAUUUUUUCCCUAAAGCUUUCUGGUUUGCCUCAUUUUUCUCCAUAGAUUCUCUUCAAAAGGUGCUGCUUAAACUGUAGCAUUGGCUGCCCUCCUUUCUGUGGAGGAUGAUAAAACUUUUCUUCUCGACUUGAUCCCACAGACACAAACUCCUUCCGGAGCUUGACAGGGACUUUUCUCGCUGUAAAUCAAGAGACUUACUGUUACUGGGGAACAGCAGCCCCUUUUUCCCCCAGAGUGCUUCAUUCUUUGACUUUCAGUGCAGCCUCUUUAAUAUUUGGAUGAAGCUUUGGGAAGGAGGCAUCUGCUUUGGUCCCACUUAAAGCUAACUCUAUACAAUGCUGCUACAUUGACUGGAUUUGCCUAAGCAGCUGGUCUAAAAAUCUGGGGUGACAUUGAACCCCAAGGUAAUGUGCAUCCCGCAAAAAAUGAUUUGCUUGACAGCCUGGGAGCCAUUUCUGAUUACAACUGCUGAAAUCUGUAGUAUGGUUUUAUUU